AUUUUGCUUAAUUGCAUUUGCAAAGUUAAUCAUUCAUCUUGAAAUGGAGUUUACCAGGCGCUACCUUCCAAUGGAGUGGGAAGAGCGAUGGCGGAAAGAGAAGGAGAGGAGAAAAAGAAUGAUUGAAGAAGGUGGAGAAGGGUUAGAAAGAGACAACAAUGAACUGAGGCAGAUUGUUGCUUAUAACAAUUCAAAGAUGGGCCUAAAAAGUCUGGGUGAUAAGACCGAAGAAAAUGACUUGAGAAAGACUGAAAUUGAUAUGGAAUCGACCAGUGAAUGUAUGAGUGGUAAGGGAUUCGGGGAUGUUGGACAGCACGUCUGCACAUACUCAAGCAGAACCUUUCAUAAGGACAUAUUUAAGACUCUGAAAGAACUGCAGAAUUCCUCUCUUCUUACAGACCUGACACUGACUACUGAGAAUGGCAGAAACUUCAAUGUGCACUCCCUUAUCCUAGCUGCUGUCAGUGGCUUUAUUUUAGAAAAACUAAAUGAAAUAAAUGUGUUCCAGUCUUGGAAUACUGAGGGGAAAAUCAAAAUGAGGUCAGUACUAAUAGGUUCCGAAGUUGAUGAAGUUGGGCUUCAAGCAAUUAUUGAGUUUGCUUAUUGCGGGGAUGUAUCGAUUUUGAACAAGGACACAAUAACUCAAAUCAAGACUGCAGCCGAAGUACUGAAGGUUCCAAGACUUCUGGAUCUCUGCAACAACAUGGAUACAAGAUGUGAAGAUCAAUGUCCAAAAAUAGAGCAAGACAUUACUUUUGCAGAUGUUAAUCUAAAAAAUACUCUUCAGUCCAUUGAAAGAAUGUGGAGAGACAAAGUUGGAUGUGAUGUCAUCUUGGAAGUGGAUGGCACUUUUUUCCAUGUUCAUAGAGUUAUCCUGGCAGCAAGCAGUGACUACUUCCGUGGGAUGUUUACCAGUGGAAUGAAGGAAUCCCAUCAAAACUACAUUGCCCUUCCAUUUAUUCCAUCUUGUGAAUUAGAGACACUAAUUAAUUGGUCCUAUAGGGGGACCCUUGUGCUUAGCUGGGAUUCUGUUUUUGAGAUAACCUGCACUGCCCUCCAGCUUCAGUUUCAACCUGCUUUCUUGCUUUGCCUCAGAUUCUUGCAAGAACAAAUACAUAUUAACUCAUGCCUGGAUGUGGCAUCUUUUGCUGAAGCAUAUGGCUUGUCAGGGCUGCUUGAGGAAGCUAAUGACUUUAUACUGAGGAACUUCAGGGAAGUAUCUGCAACUGCUAAGUUUCAAGACCUUGCAGCAGAGAAUUUUGUCCACGCCUUGGACCAGGCUAUCAGUGGCUAUGGGGUCACUGCCAUAAAUGGAGGCAUUUUCAUCUCUGGAGGUUUUAACUGUAAAUAUGUGUGUCUGGUUACCAUGUUCCUUUACCACCCAGAGAGUGGAAGUAUCUACCUGGCUGACAUGUCCAAUGACAGAGCCCAACAUUGUAUGGAAGCAUUGCAAGGAUGUCUUUAUGUGGCUGGGGGUGUUUGUAACAUGAGGAAGUUCUACACUGAUCAACUAGCCUGUGAGGUGUAUAAUCCAGUGACUGACACCUGGACUGACUUUGCAUCACUGCCAGUACCCCAUGUUGGUGCUGCAUCAGCUGUCCUGGAGGAGAAGAUCUAUGUUCUGGGAGGAUACUGCCAGGAUGAUUACAGCGAGUCAGGACUGGUCCAUCGCUUCGAUCGUGGUUUGCAGCGUUGGGAGAACAUGGGCAAACUACCAGGAGCUGUUACUGACAUUAAGGCUUGUCUUAUCAACUUGCCCCAGCAUUUCAGACUUUAACCAAUUGAUCUGAAUAACGGAGCAUUACAGAUGAAAUAAAACCAGACGUUCUGACUUGAAAACAUAAACAGCCACUUGGAAAACAUAUUAUCACCCUUUUAAGUUAUAUUUUAUCAUGAUUUGAACAGAGAACAUCUCAGAGCUGAUUCCUUCAGAUCAACUCAGAAGUUUUAAAUGAAAAGAAAUGUAUAUAUUUGAAUAUUGAGUUGUGUGUAUUCCAAUUGCACUGCAUGUUUUUCCUGACUCGCUUGAAGCCCCUUUCAACAUCUAUGAGUUUUGAAAAACUGAGUUAGGAGUAGUA